UGUGUGGGUGGAGUGCAGAGAGAAGCAAGCAUGCUGACACCUGCCAUAAUUCACAGUGCAUAACCAUUCAGUGAAAGAAGAGACCAGAGCGCACACACACACACGCACACAAAAAAAUAUAAGAAUUCACUUAGCCUUGUAGUUUUCUCCCAUCUGCUGAAGCAAAGGAGCCCCAGGAACUCCAUAUAGUUCACUAAUCCCUGAGAAUAUAUUACAGAAUAUAAUGUAUAUUCAUAUUGAUCACUUCAGGUCAUCAAGAAAAGGUGACACUUUUAUUGACUCAUCUCUGUAAAAAAAUGGAAGCAUGUGGUCCACUUUAGAAACUUUUGGUAGUACCAAUAUAAUUAAGAAAAAACAUUGGUGCAUAAAAGGGAGCAAACACUGUAAAUGAGAGACUGACAGAUUUGCAGCAGCAGUUCUUUACAUCACUGUAUCAUGAUUAAGCUCUGAACUCUAGAGUUCUCUCACUUUGAGUCCACUUAAUUUUUCAGAAUUUUACCAGAGAUAAUUGAUAAUACUAUUUAAAUGACACUGUUAUUCUUGUCUGGGGGGUCCCAUGGACUAAGAAGUCUGGUGGGCUGCAGUUCAUGGGGGUCACAAAAGAGACUCCAUGGACAUGACUGAGCACAGCAUAGUCAGUAUUUAAUAAUAGAAGAACAGUUCAAUAAAUUUUGCUAUAUUCACUUUCUAUUCAAAUUCAGUUACUAAAAAAUAGUAUUUUAAUAGCAUAGGAAAAUUUCUCAUGUUGAGUGACUAUUUUACAUGAACAGGUAAAACUGUAUAUAUAUAUAUAUAUGUGAGCUCAACUAGGUUAAAAUAUGCACAGAAAAAUGAUUAGAAGGAAAUACACCAGUUGCCUUGAGUGGUAUAACUUCUCUACAUCUUUAUACUUUUCUAUACUUUACAGACUUUCUAUAAUGAGCAUACAAUAACUUUAUAAUCAGAAAAUAAUAAAGAUUUUAUAAAACAAAAAAUAAAUGACACUGUUUUCACAUAGUUCCCUCUUAACCUGACCUACAAAAUAAACCUCUAGGCGGAAGUUUGCUCAUCUGACUUUUAUCUCUUUUCCCUCACUCCGUUCUUCCUGUUCUCUUUUCCCCCCACUCAGUUCUUCCUCCUUUCUCCCUCCCAUCCCCUCCUUCUUCCCUCAAACAAACCAUACAUACAUUUAAUACAAAAGUGAAUUAACUUCUGCUCCUUCAUAUUUAUGGGAGGGAGAGAGGGAGAAGGGUAGUUUUAUUCUUCUGAAGUUGCUUAUAAAAUUUAGCAGUUUUUUUGGGUUUUGUUUUUUGUGGAAAAGGUUAUUAUUAUCUUUUUUUAAUCAAAUUCUUAAAGGGAUAUAUGACCCACUGGUAGAAUCAGAUCCCCUCACUUAAAAAAAAAAAAAGAAGAAUUUAAACGGUGGUUCAAGUUCAUAGAAAUAAUCUGGGGCUGACCCAGAACUAGAAUCUAGGAGUCUUCUGCUUUCUGCUGUGUUAAAGGCAAUCCUAGAAUCAUAAGCACCUGUAUCUAGUUUAAUGAUCUUACCUUACACAUGAGGAGAAAUUGAGUGAAUUAACUAGGAAGCAACAGUACAAAUAGAAUUCAGGACUCCCGAUUCUUUGGAUUUUUGCUCAUUCUAAAUAAUUAGUUUUUACCUUUACUUCUCUUCAGAAAAAAGGUAUUCUGUGCCUUUUGUGUAAUAUUUCUGUUAAUUUGAAUGUAGCCUGCAUCAUUGUAAUAGCACUACUGUUGUGUGUCUGUAUUUUAGAAUAGACAUUGUUUUACCUUUGUUUUAUAAGGAUAAUUUCUGUCUGGGUUUGGCGUGUUUUAGUCUCCUCUAAUCACUGGUUGCUUUCAGGUGCUUUGAAGUCAAGUAACCAAGAGGGGAGAUUUGCUCUUUGAUCCUGGAGAUAACACAGCAAUGGGUCCACGAAAGAAAAGUGUUAAAACGUGUCUCAUGAGUAAUGAAAUUCCUGAGGAAGCAGUAUCUGAUGAAACAAAGGACUAUAUGAAUCAACUUUCACAUGAAGUGCUUUGCCAUAUUUUUAGGUACCUCCCCCUGCAGGAUAUCAUGUGUAUGGAGUGUCUUUCCCGGAAGCUAAAGGAAGCAGUCACCCUAUAUCUGAGAGUUGUGAGGGUUGUAGAUCUCUGUGCAGGGCGAUGGUGGGAAUACAUGCCAAGUGGCUUCACAGAUUCCAGUUUUCUGACACUACUAAAGAAGAUGCCAGAUGUUGAACAGCUAUAUGGCCUUCACCCUCGAUACCUUGAGAGGCGAAGGGUACGGGGCCAUGAGGCUUUUAGCAUUCCAGGAGUUCUGGAAGCUUUGCAGGCGUGCCCAAACUUAGUGGGUGUGGAAACUUCUCACUUGGAAUUAGUAGAAUCCAUUUGGACAUACAUGCCACAUGUUCAUAUUUUGGGGAAAUUUCGUAACCGUAAUGGAGCAUUUCCAAUUCCUCCUGAAAAUAAACUGAAAAUUCCUAUAGGAGCCAAAAUUCAAACUUUACAUUUAGUUGGGGUGAAUGUUCCUGAAAUUCCUUGUAUCCCAAUGCUAAGGCACCUUUACAUGAAGUGGGUAAGACUCACUAAACCACAGCCAUUCAAAGAUUUUCUUUGCAUCAGUUUACGAACUUUUGUCAUGAGGAACUGUGCAGGACCCACAAACUCCUUGAAAUAUGUCCCUUUAGUAACAGGCUUAGCCUCUGCCCGCAACUUGGAACAUUUAGAAAUGGUUCGAGUUCCUUUCCUUGGAGGUCUUAUUCAGCAUGUAGUUGAAGACAGUUGGAGAUCAGGUGGUUUUCGAAAUUUGCACACUAUUGUUUUGGGAGCUUGUAAAAAUGCACUUGAAGUAGAUCUUGGUUACCUCAUCAUCACUGCUGCCCGUAGGUUACAUGAAGUUCGGAUCCAGCCUUCCCUAACCAAAGAUGGCGUCUUUUCCGCUCUAAAGAUGGCAGAGUUGGAAUUCCCCCAGUUUGAAACCCUUCAUCUGGGAUAUGUAGAUGAGUUUUUGCUGCAGAGCAGAAUGGCUAAUGCAGAUCUGGUGAAGUAUGGUUUGGCUGAUGUGGUGGAAAAUCCUGGUAUUAUCACUGAUAUAGGGAUGAAGGCAGUCAAUGAAGUUUUCUCCUGUAUCAAAUAUCUGGCAAUUUAUAAUUGCCCCCAUCUACAUAACCCAUACAAUUGGAUCUCAGACCACUCAAGGUGGACUCGAUUGGUUGAUAUCAACUUAGUGCGUUGCCAUGCUUUGAAGCUGGACUCCUUCGGCCAGUUUAUUGAAUUAUUGCCUAGCUUGGAGUUUAUUUCACUGGACCAGAUGUUUCGUGAACCGCCCAAAGGCUGUGCUCGGGUUGGUCUGAGUGCAGGCACAGGAAUUGGGGUUUCCUCGGCCCUUGUUAGCAAUCAGAACUCCAACAAUGACAAUGAUAAUAAUGCCCAGAAUAAUGCCAACAUCCACGACAACAAUCACCAUCACCCAGAUGACUCAGAUGAGGAGAAUGACUUCCGGCAAGACUUACAGCCAGGAGAGCAGCAGUUUGCAGCCGACGCACUGAAUGAGAUGGAAGACAUGGUGCAAGAAGAUGGAGAGGUGAUGGCCGAGAGUGGACAUGAGACUCCAGCUCACAGUCAGGCAGUUAUUCCUGUGGAUGUUGACGAGGAACAAGCAGGACCCAGUGGUCUUCAGCGUGUAGUAAAACCAACCCCAAUUACUGUUCAUGACUCAGAGAGUGAUGAUGAAGAAGACAGUCUAGAACUCCAAGAAGUCUGGAUUCCUAAGAAUGGUGCCCGGCGUUUCUCUGAACGUGAAGAAAAAACUGGAGAGUCUGUGCAGUCUAGGGAAUUAUCAGCAGUAAGUGGAAAAGGCAAGACUCCACUUCGAAAGAGGUACAACUCCCAUCAGAUGGGCCAGUCGAAGCAGUUUCCUCUCGAGGAAAGCAGCUGUGAGAAAGGCUGUCAGGUCACCAGUGAGCAGAUCAAAGCCGAUAUGAAAGCAGCUAGGGAUAUUCCUGAAAAGAAAAAAAACAAGGAUGUUUAUCCCAGCUGCAGCAGCACCACCGCCAGCACAGUGGGAAACUCCAGCUCACACAGCACUGCUUCUCAAAGCCCCGACUUUGUAAGGACGGUGAACAGCGGCGGCUCUUCCGAGCCUAGCCCUACAGAAGUGGAUGUGUCCAGGCAGUGUGUCUGCUCCCCCGGUGGGUCAGAGGACUCUGAGGCCAUGGAGGAGGGAGAUGCAGAGAGUUCUGUCUGCCCCAGAUGCUGCUGUCACAGGCCCCAGGAAUCCCAAAGGAGAACUAGCAGGUGUUCUGAUGAGGAACGUCCUUCAACCAGCCGAGCCUGUGUUGUGAAUGGCCCGGAUGGUACGAGAUCCGCCUUUUCCUUUAGGACUCUGCCACAAGGGGGGUCUUCAGGCCCAGCACAUGAUGAGAGGACUAAUGGGAGUGGCUCUGGGGCUACAGGUGAGGACAGGAGGGGGAGCUCCCAGCCUGAGCGCUGUGACGUGCAGUCUAAUGAAGACUACCCUCGGAGGCCCCUAACAAGGGCCAGGAGCAGACUCUCCCAUGUACCGCUGGUAUCUGAGUCAGAAGUUGCCAAAACAAAGCCACGUCAUGCCAUGAAGCGGAAGCGGACAGCGGAUAAGUCCACCAGUACCAGUGAUCCUGUGAUUGAGGAUGACCAUGUACAGGUCCUUGUAUUAAAAUCCAAAAAUCUUGUUGGAGUCACUAUGACCAACUGUGGAAUCACAGAUCUAGUGCUGAAAGACUGUCCCAAGAUGAUGUUCAUCCAUGCUACAAGAUGCAGGGUACUGAAACAUUUAAAAGUAGAAAAUGCACCAAUCGUAAACCGAUUUGAUUAUGCACAGUGCAAGAAACUGAAUAUGGAUCAGGUACUAGACCAGAUACUAAGGAUGCCUCCCGAGAGAAACCGUAUCAUAUACCUACGCCCCAUGCAGCAGGUGGACACACUAACAUUGGAGCAGAAGCUAUUUAGUGGUCCCUACCCUUAUCAUAUCUGUAUUAUCCAUGAAUUCAGUAACCCUCCCAAUGUCCGGAACAAGGUGCGCAUUCGCAGCUGGAUGGACACGAUAGCAAACAUUAACCAAGAGCUCAUUAAGUAUGAAUUCUUCCCUGAAGCCACACGAAGUGAAGAUGACUUAAAGAAGUACCCUAAGUAUCCCUGGGGUAGAGAAAUCUACACGUUAGAAGGUGUUGUGGAUGGAGCGCCAUAUUCCAUGAUUUCAGACUUCCCUUGGUUGAGAUCACUACGGGCAGCAGAACCUAACAGCUUUGCCAGAUACGAUUUUGAGGAUGAUGAAGAAAGCACCAUCUAUGCUCCUCGAAGGAAAGGGCAGCUGUCUGCAGACAUCUGUAUGGAAACAAUAGGAGAGGAAAUUUCAGAGAUGCGUCAGAUGAAGAAGGGUGUGUUUCAGCGAGUAGUGGCGAUCUUUAUCCACUAUUGUGACGUCAAUGGAGAGCCCGUUGAAGAUGACUACAUUUAACUGGCCCUCUUCUUUCCAGCUGUCCUGGGAGUGCUGCUGGGGCCGCCUAGCUGCCAGAGAGCCCCACAGAGACUUGGGGGCAUGCACUUGGGAGGCCCGGGCUCAUUUUGGUGUAUAGAAAAUGUAUCAGGAACAUUGAAGUUGUAUACAAAGAUUUGUACAUAGAGGAGAUAUACAAAGAUACUUCCUAAGUACCAGCUUUAUAUCAUAUGUUUAUACAGUUUAAUUUAAAAGUUCAUUUUAAUGAAGGCAGGUUAAUUGGAAAGAGUUCAUUUUGUUCAUUUUUCCAGACUUAGUUCAUAAAGUAUCACUUUUUGGCUGAGCCCCCAUUUACUAUAUUCUUAAAAAUCACUGUCAUCCCCUUAAAUCUGUGCCUUUUUCUUCUCGAGCGAAGCUGUUUGAGUAAAUCUGUUGAAGAGUCUUUUUGUCUUGUGCUCUUUUGUGUUUAUUAAAACUCCAGUUAAACCUUAUAGUCAGAGGCAACUAUAUGUUUCUGUACAAAAUUGUGGUUCUUUUUUCUCUUGGUAUUAUAGUUGCCGUAUUUCUUAAAAUGAACUUAAAAAGACUUACGAGUUUGAGGGGGAAAUGGAAAAGUUUCCAAAGCAUUUCUAGUUAUUUAUUUCCAUAUUCAGUUGUGUAUAUGCUUUAUCUUGAAUAUGAAAAUAAAAGUUUAUUAAAAUUUUU